GCGGCGGCCCGAGGGGCGGGGGCGGCGGCGGCGCCGGGGCUGGGGAGGCCGCCGCCUCCCUGGGCCUGCCCGGGCGGCCGCCUCCGCGAUGCCGCUGCUGAUCGACGGGCGGCGCGUGCGGCUGCCGCAGUCCGCCGGGGACCUGGUCCGAGCCCACCCGCCUCUGGAGGAGUCCCUGCACCCAGUCCACGCUCGUGCAGGGACGUGGGGCAGGGAGUGCGAACAAUGGGAACCUGCGGUCCCGCUGGCCGCGGAGCCCGCCAGGGGGGCGUCGACCAGCCCACUGGCUUGGGAGGCGCGUGCCGAGCCCCUGGAAAGAGCCAGACUUCUCAGAGGUCAGUCUGUUCAACAAGUGGGACCCCAGGGCCUUCUGUAUGUUCAGCAAAGAGAGCUUGCAGUGACCUCCCCAAAGGAUGGCUCCAUCUCCAUUCUGGGUUCUGAUGAUGCCACCACUUGUCACAUUGUGGUCCUGAGGCACACAGGUAAUGGGGCCACCUGCCUGACACAUUGUGAUGGAACUGACACCAAAGCCGAGGUCCCCUUGAUCAUGAACUCCAUAAAAUCCUUCUCUGACCACGCUCAGAGUGGAAGGCUGGAAGUGCACCUCGUGGGAGGCUUCAGUGAUGACAGGCAGUUGUCACAAAAACUUACUCACCAACUUCUUAGUGAAUUUGACAAACAAGAAGAUGACAUUCACUUAGUGACGUUAUGUGUGACAGAAUUAAAUGACCGGGAAGAAAAUGAAAACCACUUCCCAAUAAUUUAUGGCAUUGCUGUCAAUAUUAAAACAGCAGAGAUAUACAGAGCCACCUUUCAAGAUCGAGGCCCCGAGGAGGAGCUGCGUGCUGCCCGAGCUUUAGCUGGAGGCCCGAUGAUUAGCAUUUAUGAUGCAAAGACCGAGCAACUUCAGAUAGGCCCGUAUUCCUGGAUGCCAUUUCCACAUGUGGAUUUCUGGUUGCAGCAAGAUGAUAAGCAAAUACUAGAGCAUCUGAACUUCUCAGAGACCUUUUGAAAGGCUUCUGGCCUAGAGAAAGAUGAGGGUGGAUGUACCAAGAGCUGAGUGAAGACGCCCUGCCUGCCAUGAAGGCUCCCUGCAACCUGCAACCAGCAACGGCUUGGCUUCACAGUGACCGCUUCAGCAGGAGUCCUGGAAUUCAGAACUGCUCCUGUGACAUCAACGUGCUCCCCAGGCCCGGACCUUUGAGGUAAUCUUAAUAAAAGCUCAGGAGAGUAAACGCCAUGGUGAAAACACUGCCAGCUCCCCAGACCCUGGGUCCCUUGCAGUGCCACUGAGGUGUUCUUUAAGGUCAACUCUCAAGACUACUAAAUGGUCAGUUACAGGGACAGGGUCUUGAGUGAAGAGAAAUAGGACUUUUGAUUAAAGAACCAGGAAAACACAGGAAUGCAGCAAACAGGAAAAAACUGUUACACGUGAUGCCAAGGUCUGUUUUCCCAAGAGAAAUAAAUCAACUUUAUUCAUGUUAAAGAACUCAAACAUGGUGAU